AUGGAAACUCAAAAUGGAAUUCCAAAAAAUCAUGUCAAUAUUGCCAACUUGGAUGAUAGGGUAAAAACGGCAUCUGCUCAAGAUGCGAAUUCGAUUAAAGGAGAGCUCGAGUUUCUCAUCUACAAAUACACGAAAGCUUUUGGUUCAAAUUCGCAUUCAGAAAAUGAUGGGCAUGCAACCGGGUGUGGCAAGUCGUUUUAUGCAGGAUUGACUUGGAAAGGAUGUGCAAGAAUAGCCAGCCUGGAGGACAUGACGCCAUCUCUGGUCGACCCCAAUGCCAGCAAUUACGAAUUACUUUCCCCUUCUUGUGCCCCCAAUUUGCAAUCCUCUGAUGCAUGUGAUGCACCGAGAAGCAAUAACUCAUCCCUAACCUCUGCUUCGCUAGAUGGCACCAUUAAAAUCUGGAAGCUCCACGAUGGGACUAUUUUGCGGACGCUAUUGAACGUCCCAAGUUCUGAGCACGAAGGCUUCAUAUAUAUUGUCGACGACGAAAGCGAAUAUGGCCAUUUGUCUUCGAGCUUGGAAGUUGACUCUGACGGCCAACAGGUGGCCACCUCUGCCAGCAGAGGUAGUAGAGAAUCAAAGUCGAUAUCUCCGGUUUCGCUUGUUUCGCGACCUCAAAUGGAAAAAAAUAGCCUUGACCACAUAUUGGUGGCAUUUGAUGACCAUCUUGGCUACAUCACGUCCAUUGCUUGCGGCUCGGACGGCCCGAUUUUGAGCGGGUUUGUUUUUACAAAAUAA